CAACACCAAUUAUACGAAAUCGAACGGUUAUCACCACAGUCCGAAUAAUCACUAUAACAACAACAACAAUAAUUUUGAUAACAACGGCAGUCCACUAAAGAGUCCACAACAACCACGUGGUUUGGGCCGCGAGACCAGCUUUCAUCCCAUACAAGAGCAUCAUUUACGUCAAACCGAGGACAGUGAUAAUGAAGAUUACGAACUACAAGGCGCAGCUGGUGGCUUAAGCGGUGGUCAGAUCGGUGAUUAUUGGCAACAGCGUAACGGUAUUGUCGGCGCUCCGGCUAGUGGACGCCAGAGUCGCGCCUUAAGUCCCACUUACGUCGAUAAUAUGAGUGAGAAUUCGGAACAACCCCCAGUGGUGCCGCUAGUACGCUCCAAAUCCCGGCCAGAGUUAUCAUCCAAUGCGCACUUGAAUUCCGCAAUGAGCGCCGCUAGUCGCUACAACAAUCUCUCGUACUGGAAGGCGCGUCGUGUGGUCUUCUAUCGCAAUGGUGAUCCCUUCUUUCCGGGUGUGGAGUUGCGCUAUCGCCCAGGACGUGAUAUCACCUCUUUGGACAGUUUGUUGGAUAAGAUUUCGCCGAAAAUGGAUUUGCCCCGUGGCGCACGUUAUGUGUUUUCGAUGGACGGUGAUCGCAAGUAUCAUUUGGAUGAGCUCGAGGAUGGCGCUUCGUAUGUGGUGUCGUCGUUCAAGGCGUUCAAGCCGGCUAGUUACGGUAAAAAGAACGGCAUGUGGUACGCUUCACCCGGUAAUCAGGGUUGGGGCUCAAAACCGGCCAGUCGUAAGCCAUCGAUUAUGGAGGCGGACUUGGGCACAUUAUCGACCACAUCGGGUUCGAUCAAACGCAGCGCCGGACGUGUUAUACGUAUCAUCAAUAAUUUGGAUCAUUCAGUGCAGUGUCGUGUACUGUUGAAUUUGCGCACAUCGCAGCCAUUCGAGGAGGUCUUAGAAGAUUUGGGUCAAGUGUUGAAAAUAAAUGGCGCUAAGAAAAUGUACACGGGCACAGGACAAGAGGUACGCAGCUUUUCACAACUACGCAACGAGUUUGCCGAUGUUGACACAUUUUAUCUAGCAACUGGCACUGCCUUAAUUGCCGGUUCGCCUAUUAGGCGUUCACGUUCGCGCCCCUCCGUUGUUGCCGCAGCGCCUAUAUUACCCACAGAAGAACUGCCUAAGGUUCCUUUACGCGGCGCACGUCCACGCAGUAAAAGUCGUCCACGCAUUCUCUAUGCACCGGAGAGUGAGAUUCUACGUGCGAACGGUGAAUACAGCAUGUUGGAUAUUAUGAAAGAGGAGCCCACCAAAGUGACUAUACGUGGCUUGCGGCGUACCUUCUAUCCACCAUUACAUCAUGCACCCGCGGAUAAUUCACCGCCCGAUAAAAAAUUGCAACUACAGUGGGUUCACGGCUAUCGUGGUAUUGAUGCACGUCGUAAUCUCUGGGUUUUACCAUCGGGUGAGCUUUUGUAUUAUGUAGCUGCUGUGGCUGUACUGCUGGAUCGUGAGGAAGAUGCACAACGCCAUUAUACCGGACACACGGAGGAUAUUAUGUGCAUGGACGUACAUCCAUCACGCGAACUUGUGGCUUCGGGACAGAAAGCUGGACGCGAUCGUAAAUCACAAGCGCAUGUGCGCAUUUGGAGCACUGAAUCACUGCAGACACUUUAUGUUUUCGGUAUGGGCGAGCUGGAUAGCGGUGUCACCGCGGUGGCCUUUUCACAACUGAACGGUGGCAGCUAUAUAUUAGCUGUGGAUAGUGGGCGUGAAAGCAUACUUUCUGUAUGGCAAUGGCAAUGGGGUCAUCUGCUUGGCAAAGUUGCAACACUACAAGAAGGCCUCUCUGGCGCCGCUUUUCAUCCGCUCGAUGAUAAUCUUAUUAUAACACAUGGGCGUGGCCAUCUGGCUUUUUGGCAUCGUCGCAAAGAUGGCUUCUUCGAACGCACCGAUAUUGUUAAGCAGCCAUCACGUUCGCAUGUGACCAGCGUGCAAUUCGAACCGGAUGGCGAUGUCAUCACUGCCGAUUCCGAUGGUUUCAUAACCAUUUAUUCGGUGGACUCGGAUGGUGCUUACUUUGUACGCACCGAAUUCGAGGCACACAACAAAGGUAUUGGUUGUCUGAUUAUGCUCGGUGAGGGUACGCUGUUGUCGGGUGGUGAGAAGGAUCGUAAAAUUGCCGCCUGGGACUCAUUGCAAAAUUACAAGAAAAUUGCUGACACAAAACUUCCUGAGGCCGCUGGCGGCGUACGCACUAUUUAUCCACAACGUCCCGGACGCAAUGAUGGCAAUAUUUAUGUCGGCACCACACGUAAUAACAUUUUAGAGGGUUCACUACAGCGUCGCUUUACACAAGUUGUUUUCGGGCAUGGUCGCCAAUUGUGGGGUUUGGCUGCACAUCCCGAAGAUGAGGUGUUCGCCACUGCCGGUCAUGAUAAACAUAUAGCACUGUGGCGCAAAAACAAAUUAAUCUGGACUAUACAAACGGGUUACGAGUGUGUUUCACUAGCUUUUCAUCCAUUUGGCACUGCACUGGCUGCUGGCAGCACUGAGGGUCAUCUGCUUGUCAUCAAUUGUGAAAAUGGUUCGGUUAUGCUGACGUUGCGUGUCUGCGGUUCACCGCUGAAUUGUGUGGCGUUUAAUCAAGUUGGCGAUAUGAUUGCAAUGGGCUCGCAGAAUGGCAGCAUAUACUUAUUCCGCGUUUCGCGCGAUGGUUUCUCUUAUAAGAAGGUGAAUAAAAUACGCGGCUCACAACCACUGACGCAUGUGGACUGGAGCAUGGACGGCAAUUUCGUCCAAACGGUCACUAUUGACUUCGAUCUACUUUUCUGGGAUGCUAAAUCACUCUCGCCCGAACGCAGUCCCAUUGCUAUGAAGGAUGUCAAAUGGUUGACUAGCAAUUGCACGGUUGGCUUUUUGGUCGCCGGCAUGUGGAGUAAUCGUUAUUACAGCAACAACAACACAAUUAUUGCCACAUGCAGUCGCUCGGCGGCGCAAGAUAUGCUGGUGUCUGGUGAUGCCGAUGGCUAUCUGCGCAUAUUCAGAUAUCCCUGUAUUAGUCCACGCGCCGAAUUUCACGAAGCGAAAGUCUAUUCCGGUAUGUUGGCAUGUUCACGUUUUCUCUACGGCGAUCAGACUGUGGUAACAGUGGGCGGCACAGACGCCUCACUGAUGGUGUGGGAUCUCGUAGAGGAAUAGCUGCAAUGGCCACCGUGGCGUACAACUGUCCAGCAGUAUGAUGAAGCACGCGGCUACACUGACUAUUGGACGCGGCGACGUUCGUCUAAUAAAUCUUCGACAAUAUUGGACAGCGACUCAAUUGAAUAUCAAUAGAUUACGGCAAGACGAUGGAACAUUGAGAAGAAAUUUUGAUGGGAAUUUCUUUAAAGUAAUCGUCGCAGUUGUUGUUGUUGUCAAUUUCAUAACUUCGCCCUUCCUACCGUUGGUGCACGUACGAAGUGCCAUUGCUGUGUUUGGACGCAGCUGCUUCCGCCUUAAGCGCAUACAUUUGCAAAACAACGCAAUUGAAACGUCUUCACUUUUGUUAAAACAUUAUUGAAAAUUAGUGAGAAAUCAACAAAAUUUAGAUAUUACCGAAAAUUUUAAAACAUAGCACUUAAAAUUACCAAGUAGUAUAAUUCGUCAACGAAAUAUGAAAAAGCAAAUGAAAUUCUGCCAUUUUACCGCUUCCGUUAUGUUUAAGCGCCAUCUGUAUGUCAAAUAGCAUGACAGCUGCUGCAGGUUGCCAGAUGUGGCAAGUAUGCGGAAAAAUAUGUUAAAAAAAAACAUUUAAAAACAAAAACUUUUAGAAAAAUAUUAAAUAAUUUUGCAAACAAUUCUUAGUUUGGAAAAAAUUAAAUUAUUUUGGAAAAUAUUAAAUUAUUUUAGAAAAAAUUAUUAAUUUUGGAAAAAAAAUUAAUUUUUUAAUUUUAUGUAAUUUUCCACGCAUGUUUUAUAUAAUUAUGUAAAAAUUCGGUUUUUACUAAAAUUAAUGAACAAUUCUUCCGUAAACAUUAUUAAAAUGAGAAAAAACUUCCAAUAUUCUAAAAAAACCAUUUCACCUUUUAAAAUAAAAUAAAAAUUUUGAACUUCCAAAAUUAGCUUCCAGAACAUUUGAAACUAAUUUUUAAAAUAAUUAUUAUUUUAAUUAAAAAAAAAUACAACUGCUUAAUUUAUAGUUUCACAUUAAUUUUGCUUUAAAUAAAUAUUUUGCAGAGCUGCUUCCAACUUACACACAGUCUAACUUUCUACCGACUAUAUACUAUACGAAUGUAUAUCUACUUUUCCUGUAACAGACUUAAGCCACUGGUGGAUACUUAAUGAUUUAAUUUCGUAGUUAAAAAAAAACUCGAUAAAAAUGUUAAUAUUUAAAAAGUAAACAGCAUUAUUCAAAAAUCAUAAUAAACCAUAAUGUUCACAACUGUUUUUCUUUUAA